CAAACGUCUUCUUCCUCCUCCAACCUCCUCAACAAAAUUCCCUCCUUUAUUUCAUCAUCAAUUUUCUCCUUCCACCAUUUCCCUGCACGCCAUUCCAUGGCGUCCACAAACAAAACCCAAAUCUUUCUUCAUCUUCUUCUCAUCUCCAUCACCUUUCUCAAUCGCAUCUCUGCCACCAUCAAUGGCGUCUACAACCCCUCCGUCUUCAUGCUUCUCAACUGCGGCUCAUCUUCCGAUGAACUCGACGCCGAUGGUCGAAAAUGGAUCGGCGAACAUUCCUCCAAAGCUUCCGCCAUUGGCAUCACCUCCCCCAAAUCAACCCCUUCAACCGCCUCUUUUCAAGAUCCAUCUCUCCCAUCCACCGUUCCUUACAUGAAAGCAGCCAUUUUUGAAUCUGAAGCAACUUAUAAAUUCUCUGUCAGCAAAAAGGAGCGUCUUUUAAUCCGUCUUCAUUUCUAUCCCGCCUCCUAUAAUGGCCUCAGCCCAGAAAAUGGAUUCUUCAAUGUGCUCGCUUUCCCUGCCACCAUUGAUGCUGGUAGUUUCACCCUCCUUCACAACUUCAGCGCUUAUAUAACUGCCCAAGCAUUAACCCAAGGCUACAUUAUAAGAGAAUUUACCCUCCCACCGAUUAAUGAUGAUUUCCUCUCCCUCACCUUUACUCCAGCCGCUGGUAAUCACAAUCCCUUUGCUUUCAUUAAUGGCAUCGAGUUAAUCUCAAUGCCAGACAUGUUCCCUGAAUCCGCCGCCAUGGUUGGCUUCAGUGACAGCUCUGUCACCAUUGAAGCAUUUGCUUUACAAACAAUGUAUAGACUGAAUGUAGGGGGACAAUUCAUUCCUCCAAACAAUGACACAGGAUUUGGUCGCACAUGGUAUGAUGAUACACCUUAUAUCGCCGGAGCAGGGGUUGGCGUCACGGCGGCCAUAGGGCCGCGUGUCAAAAUUCAAUACCCAAUGAAUUUACCGGCAUACAUAGCUCCAUUGGAUGUGUACAGAACUGCGAGACAGAUGGGACCAGAUCCUAAAUUGAAUAUUCAAUAUAACCUCUCAUGGUCUUUCCAAAUCGACAGCAAUUUCACUUAUGUGGUGAGACUCCAUUUCUGUGAAAUCCAGCUUCCUAAAGUGAACCAGAGAGUUUUUGAUAUAUUUAUGAAUAACCAGACCGCACAAAAAGACGUUGAUGUCAUCGCUCUUGCUUCGUCUAUGGCAGUUCCUGUUUAUAAAGAUUAUGCAAUUUUUGUUAGCCAAGAUGAGCAAUUGUUGGUGGAGCUCCACCCUUCUGUUGAUUCAAAACCAGAGUUUUUUGAUGCAAUUUUAAAUGGAAUGGAGAUAUUUAAAUUAAGCGAUGCAGGCGGGAACCUCGCCGGACUGAAUCCGAAGCCGUUGGAGAUUCUUGAGAAUGAGUUAGAACAGCAGGAUUAUUCCAGUAAGAAACUGCAUGUGAUUGGUGGUGCUACAUUUGCUGUUGCUGCUGGUCUCAUCUUUGCCCUCUGUUUCAUUGUUUAUCAGAGAAAAAGAGUAGUAAUUGAUAAUGCAACUGAUGUUAGUGGCUCGGGUUGGCUCCCACUUUACAGGAAUUCUCACACUACUGGAAGCAAAUCCACCAUCUCCUCCAAAAGCUGCGCAAGCAGUCAGCUUUCCAACAUGGCAACAAGUCUCUGUCGCAAUUUCUCCAUUUUUGAAAUAAAGCAGGCAACAAAAAACUUUGAUGAGUCUCUUAUUAUAGGUGUUGGUGGAUUUGGGAAAGUGUAUAAAGGAAUAAUCGAUGGAGGUUCAACCAGAGUGGCUAUAAAAAGAGCAAAUCCUGAUUCAGAACAAGGCUUGCAUGAAUUUCAAACAGAAAUUGAAAUGCUGUCCAAGCUUCGGCACAAGCACUUAGUCUCACUCAUCGGAUACUGCGAAGAAGACAAUGAAAUGUGUCUCAUUUAUGACUAUAUGUCUAAUGGAACAUUGAGAGAACAUCUUUAUAAAACAGACAAGCCGGCUUUGUCAUGGAAACAGAGGCUCGAGAUCUGCAUAGGAGCGGCGAGAGGGCUUCAUUACCUUCACACAGGAGCCAAGCACACAAUCAUUCAUAGAGAUGUAAAGACUACAAAUAUACUUCUGGAUGAGAAUCUCGUGGCUAAAGUUUCAGACUUUGGGCUGUCGAAGACGGCUCCAUUGCUGAACCAGUCUCAUGUAAGCACUGUGGUGAAAGGAAGCUUUGGAUAUCUUGAUCCUGAAUACUUCAGGAGACAACAAUUAACUACUAAAUCAGAUGUUUACUCCUUCGGAGUUGUGCUAUUUGAGGUAUUGUGCGCACGGCCGGCUCUUAAUCCCAGUCUUUCAAAGGAGCAAGUUAGCCUUGCGGAUUGGGCAAUUCAUAAUAAAAAAAAAGGUACAAUUUUUGAGAUUCUCGAUCCUUUCCUGAAAGGAAAGAUUAAGUUCGAAUGUUUGAAUAAGUUUGUGGAGUUGGCCGAGAAGUGUGUUUCGGAGCAUGGAGUUGAUAGGCCGGCCAUGGGUGAUGUGCUUUGGAACCUUGAGUUUGCGUUGCAGUUGCAGGGGAGUCAUGAAGAUGGAGAGGCGAGCUCUCAUGAAAGUGGGGACAAUGGUGAAUUGCUCCAUUUGUCAAAUGGAGGAGAUGGAAGCGCUAAUGAAAUGAGGGAGGUGUUGGAUGAUUUAAAUGAAAUGUCAGUUUUUUCGCAGUUUGUCAAUCCAAAGGGAAGGUAAACAAACCAUUGAAGGAAGAUGAUGCGGAGGUUAUAGGAUUAAAUGAUCAUUUUGUCUUUUGAAGGAAAAUUGUUUCCUUCUGGUUGAGUUUUUUUUUUUUGUUAUGUUGAUGUCAGUUUGUUUGGUUUUUUUGCUUAACAUAUGUUUGUAUAUAGA